AUGCCCACUCAGGGCUAGAGAGGUAAGGAACAUUCAUAUGGAAAACAGGGAAAGGGUCUAAGUAGCCUGGAUGGAUAUAUGACAAUAUAUUAAUUGUUCCAAAAUAUAGAGAUGGAUUAUGCUGCAUGGUUACACCUACAUUUGUUGACUACUUGGAUGUUAUGUGCACAAAGAAGCAGUUUUCUUUGUUUUGUGAAAAUACACCAUAAUUUGAUGUAGACCUGAAGAAAGAUUUCCCAUGCAACCACCUCUUUUGAAGAAACGGAAAAAGGAGAAUUGCUUAACAUUCCUUUUUGGAAAAUCGAGCAAUUGUUUUGCUCAUCAGUUUUUAUUUCCAAAACUCACCACCUGAGGACUUUGUGAACUUUGUUGACGGCAAGCAGAUCUUAAAUAAAGGAUAUGAGUACUCAGGUGAAGCAGAAUUCCACUUUGGUCCACUCAAUGGCAAAGGUCUAUGACACAAAACCCAUGAAGAACCAAGGGCCCAACACCACCACUGGCACCACACACAGGCUGGCUGUGGUGUCAAGCAAAAACUCUGUGGACAGCUCCAACCUAAUGGAUAUCAAGAUCGACUCUUUGAGUCGCAAAGUGGACAAACUCAUCACCAUUCAAGAAAAGGUUCUCCAUAAGCUGGACAGCAUGUCGGAGGAUAUUGUUGAAAUCGAAAAUGAUGUUGAGAUAUUGAAGGUGGACAAAGAAGAAACCAUCCAAGCUAGUAGCAAGCCCCAGGAGGUGGAAACUUCCAAGGAGAUUAAAGAAAUAUGUGUAGAAAUGACAAAUAUGCUGGCCACCGUGAACCGCAGAACUGAGCAUGAGGCAAGAAGAUUGGAUGGGAUGGAGAAAAUAGUUCUUGGCAUCCAGCAGGUCAUAAGCUUCAUCGGAGAAACUGUUAAGAAUUCCAGAAUUCUCGAGCUCAUUCUUAAAGGCCAGGUUUUUCCAAACUGGAGUCCCGUCAAUGAGGAAAGUGUGGAAAACGAAAAGAAUAAACAAAUAAGUGCCAAGAAACAUGCGUCCUCUGACAAAAGUGCGACCGUGAGUAAGAAAACCGAAAAGAGUACUACCUCUACUAAAGCAACUAAAGGGACUCAAGAACCUCCAGCAAAAUGUGAAACCAGCCCCCAUGAUGCCAUUCACAUCCACACAAGCAGGACUAAACUUCCUGGACCAAAGCACUUCCUUAUUUCUCGUAAAUAUGGAAACAUUCUGGGGGAUCACAAAGCAAAAGAUAUAAAGGAAAAGCCACGCUCAAGUCUUAAGAGACUGAAAUCACAGCAAAAGAAGAAACCCCCAGAUGCUACAGGAGCUGCUCAGAAAAAGGAUUGGGUAUUGGAUGAAAAAGUUCAAAAGCUAAACAAACAAAAUGUUGAAAAAUCAGAGAAGGUUCCUUUGCCACAAGAAAAAACUCAAGUGGUAGAUGAGGAGGACUUGAUCUGGCAGUCUGCUGCUGUCCAUACACAGACACAAGAGUUACUUGUUGCAGUCACUUCCAAUGAUUUAGCCAAUACCUUUAUGAGUGUCUGUCCUGCUGAAGAAGGAAAGCAGGAGAUGGUCACCACUGAGGUGAACAGCCAAAAGAAACAAGCUCUUACAUCACUGGUGUCCGGUGGUGUAGGACUUGAAGAUGUGGUGAAGAAGGGGCAAGGAGACCUCAAGGAAACAUCCAAAACCAGGGAUCAGGAGGAAGGUAGAGCAGACAAAGAGGCAGAAUCCCUGUCAGAUGCAGAACUUGAUGAAGAAGAUGGGGAUCAAGAAGGAGAUGAUGAACAAGAAGAAACAGAGGCUGAAGAAACAACCGAAGCAGAUGAAGUUUCCCCAACAGAUGAAUCAGCUCCAGAGACUUGCCUUUUGGAAGGUGCAGAUGAAACAGAAAAUGGGCUACUUGCAGAAACACAGCUCUAUGAAAUCCUUGGUGGGAUAAACCAAAAUUGCUCAGUGAUGCUUCAGAGGUAUGAGGACAGUGAAAAUGAAGUACUGUUAUCAGAAGAAACUGGAGGAGAGCAGGCCAGUGAAACUGGACACCUGGGGGACACCAUCGGUAGCAAGCGCAGAGUGUCCAAGGAGGAUCUGGUGAAGGAUGACAACAAGAAAAGCCGAGUGGAGUCUGAGAGUGAAGAACCUCAGCCAGAGGAGAUUCUAGAACCAGCCCAGUCCGAAUGUGUUGCUGAGAAGACCAAUGAAACAUGCAUUUCCUUAAAGGAGGACAACAAUAACCAGAAUUUAAAGUUAAUUAUUGAUAUCGGCCCUCCACCUCCAGCUCCCUUUGACCACCGGGUUGUCUCUGCUAAACCAGCUCAGAUAAUCAACUUCUACACCCUCAACAAGAACGAGAUUCUUGGAGGAGGGCGCUUCGGUCAAGUUCAUAAGUGCGUUGAAAAUUCAUCAGGUCUCACCUUAGCUGCAAAAAUCAUAAAAGUCAAAUGUACAAAAGAAAAGGAGGAAGUAAAGAAUGAAAUACAAGUAAUGAACCAGCUGAACCAUGCCAACCUUAUCCAGCUGUAUGCAGCAUUCGAAUCCAAAAAUGACCUAAUAUUGGUUAUGGAAUAUGUGGAUGGAGGAGAACUUUUUGACAGAAUCAUUGAUGAAAACUAUUAUCUAACAGAGCUGGACACAGUCUUAUUUAUCAAACAGAUCUGUGAUGGAGUCCAAUAUAUGCACCAGAUGUACAUUCUGCACUUAGACUUGAAGCCUGAAAAUAUCCUAUGUGUGAACCGAGCCACCAAUAAGAUAAAGAUUAUUGACUUUGGUUUAGCAAGAAGAUACAAACCAAGAGAAAAGCUAAAAGUGAAUUUCGGAACGGCAGAAUUCCUUGCUCCUGAGGUUGUGAACUAUGACUUUGUCUCGUUUCCUACAGACAUGUGGAGUUUAGGGGUGAUUACAUACAUGCUACUCAGUGGCCUAUCUCCGUUUCUUGGAGAGGAUGACAACGAGACACUCAAUAACAUCUUGGCUUGUCAGUGGGACUUUGAAGGAGAAGAAUUUGGAAACAUCUCAGAGGAAGCCAAGGACUUUAUUUCAAAGCUCCUUAUCAAAAACAAGUGUUGGAGGAUAAGUGCAGCAGAGGCUCUCAAACACCCCUGGUUAUCUGACCCCUGUCUUCACUUCCGACUUCAGCAACAGAACAAGUGCCACUCAUCACACGCACCACCUUCGGAGGAGUAACAUUUAAAAAAAAAACGAACUGAAACGUUUUAGGUAUAUCUCAAGCUCCAAAUGAUUUGAUGGGCAUAACCAAAAAAAAACAAAACAAUUUUAUUUAAUUAUCUGAAAAAGUCUACAGAUAAAAAUCAAUGUACCUUAUAUAGAAACAAUACAUGGUAGUGAGAACACAUGUUUUCAAAAUGCUGGCUGAUAUGCUAACUAACAUUAUUUGCCAAUAGUUUUAUAACAUUACUUGUUUAAUUUUCCUUUCACAAAAAUGGUGCAAAGUGCACUUGGUGUAAACACCUUGAUUAAUCUGACCCAGUAUAUUAGCACUGAAUUCCAUGUGAUUUAUUUUUAAAAGAUACAGACUGUGUUUACUGCAGUCUGUAAUUAACUCCUAUUUUUCGAUAGAUGAAAAUUCAACAGCAAUAUAUGAAAAUGAGAAACAAACAACUUGAGAGGGCUUAAGAGACCUUCAAUUAGAUGUUUGACACUACUUUGGUAAAGUCAGUAGGUGUUUUUCUACUUUCAGAUAACGGGAGUUAAUUAAAGUCUGGAGUAAACUUUGAAAAUAUGACCCUUGUCAGAUUGUUCCUACUUUACUGUACACAAAGUGAUAAAGUGAAAGGUUCUUAAAGGAGUAAGCAGCGGGGUUCCGAAAAACCAGACAAACGGUUUCCCAAACCGAAUAACUUGGCCAGACAAUGUGUGUUUAAUUAAAAAGAAAACAGUUGCUAUAUUGCAAUGUGGUUAUAAUCAGCAUUUAGAAUAAUUGGAUACUAGGGUUUUCAUUAAAUAUGGUUAUACUUUGCAAAGUGCAAAAGGCAUGUUUUUUUGUUUUUAUUAUUUGUAAAACAGACACUCACAGAUUGCUAAUGUAUUCCUUAUUUAUGCAACAUGUUUUGAAACUACUGUAGUUACAGUGGCGGUUUUUACUAAAAUCAAAAAAAUCACAAACUGUGAAUCAUUACAUAGUUAGGUAGUUAAGAAGUCUGUUCGACUGGUGUAAUUUUACUUAUGUGUAUGAUGGGGAUGAACUGAGUGUGUGGGUUCGAAUUGUGUAAGCUACUGUAUGUGCACUUUAUUAUUUAUUCAUUUUAUGUAAUACACUCAAAACUGCUAGAUAAGUAGGCCUUAUCACAUAGGUGCACUACUUAUCUCCUCCUAGAUGAUGUAGCCAAGGUUUGUUCAGUAAAAACACACACAUUAUAGUUUUUCAAGAGGGUGGUCUAGCUUUAAAUAAUUGGAGGCUGUGUGGUCCAGUGGUUAAAGAAAAGGGCUUGUAACCAGGAGGUCCCCAGUUCAAAUCCCACCUCAGCCACUGACUCAUUGCAAGUCACUUCACCUCCUUGUGCUCCGUCUUUCGGUUGAGACGUAAUUGUAAGUGACUCUGCAGCUGAUGCAUAGUUCACACACCCUAGUCUCUGUAAGUCGCCUUGGAUAAAGGCAUCUGCUAAGUAAACUAAUAAUAAUAACAUAAUUUGUAUUUUACAGUUUAGCAGCAGAUCUAAGUAAAUAUGCAUCCAAAAUGAAUUAGUAUAGUACACUAUGAUCUAAAACUAGCUACAAACAUAAACAGAAAUUAUUUAGCAAAGCUACAAUGCACUUUCAGUUAUAUAAAACAAACAUAAAACAAUACUGUGCAUAUUGUUUCAGGCUAUUAGAUACUUCAGUACAUUAGAUUUGGGCUAUCGGAUAGAACAGGCGUUUGAAUGUAGUGUGUUGAAUUUAUCUGCAUACUUUUAUACUCACCUUCCGUGAAGGCUUAUUGUGCAACAGCAAACUACCUAUUUGAAUUGUUAGAAUUAAGCUGAAUCUUUUGUAAAUGCAUUCUUUGGUUCAAACGUUGUUUGUAGUAGUUGAAUGUUCUUAAGAAUGUGUUUUAGAAUUUUGUAUUUAUCAUUUUUCAGUGUGUGUAUGCAAUUUUUAAUUGAAGUUCAUUACAUAAUAUUAAUAAAAAAAAAUCUUGAUAUAACAAUAAAUAAUUAGGUUUACUAACUUAA